UUUAUUUAUCUGCAAAGUAUCUAAUACACUUUUGUGUUCCAUAUAAAUAAUAAAUAAUAUACAUUUAUCAGCAUAAGCAAAAAAAAGUAUUAAACUGCAAUUAAUACAUAUACAUAGUUUAGUAUAUAAAAAAAACUAUUUACAUUAAAUAAAAAUUCUAUUUCCAGAGCAGAGUCCAAUUCUACAGACAGUUACUACCAAUGUCAAUGAGACUUCUUAGAACAUUAUGCCUGGUAGUGUUUGCAGGAUCAGGCCCAAAGGUAAAAACAAUGAUCAGUUAAGCCAGCAAAAUCAAUUUAUUCCAAUAUUAGGGCUCAAAACCUGCAAUUGGAUCUGUGCUAGUGGACCCUGUGCACCGGAGCAGACACACUGACUUCCAUGUUUACAGGAUGGGGCUCAAAUGUUUUCUAUCCUAGGUAAUGCCACUAACUACAAAGUGACUUCUAAUGAUGGUAGUAACUUGUUUGUAGGAUCAGGUCCUCUGUUAUACCACUGCAAAACACUUUUAAAAUUCAUGUUUAAAAAUGUUCUGUUCACUUAAGAAAGAAUUCUCAAAACUUUCUCUGCCUCCUUUUUAAGGUGCUUUGAGAUCCACUUAUGAGAAAAUGUAUGAGCUAGAUAUGAUUAAUGAAAUAUUUAAAUAUUUUUAAUUCAACGCAGAUUUAAAAAUCUCUUUGUUGUUUUUGUAUCCUAAAUAACAUGCGAUCACACUAUAAUUUAAUACUAAAUAAUUAUUUGUUACAUCAGCAUAAUAAAACUGUAUUACGUACUGUAUCUUGAUGUAGCUAUUUUCUUUUUUUGCUGUACAGCGAACAAUUGUGGCAACAGACAAACCUUGUAAUUCAGAUAAAAUCAGACUUGCUGAGGUUGCACAACUGUUGAGGCGAGGGGCACAUUAAAUAAAGAAUAUGUAAAUCUAUACAAUAUUUAACCAGGAGAAAUAAUAGCGGAGAGAUAUCAAGCUAACAGUUUUAAGUGAACGUUUACUGUUGACAUCACAUUUCUCCAGCUUCUCCCCCCGGAUCCAGACUUACACUUUACACAGACAUGCUGUUUGAUGCGCCACACUGAUUUCCAGUGAGGCUGCCGUGUUUUGAGAGGCUGGCGUGGAGAGGUGUAAACACAAGAUCGACCAGCAGGAAGACACUGGCGUGCCUCAAACACGCAGGAAGUAUUUCCUAGUGCAAAAAAAAACAAAAAAGCAGUCUGGAGCAUCACGUGCUCCCAAAAUCUCGUUUCCCAUCCCCAACUCCUGCUAUCCCAACUUGGAAGGCAGCAGGCAUGCGUGGUGUCCUCCUCCUCGCAUGGUGACAGGCUCGUGUUAUUGGCACCGAGCAGGGUGGAGAGGAGGAGGCAGGCAGGGAGGUGGGAUUGGUGGGGGAGCUCUCUCGCUCUCGGCUGCCUUCAGCUGUUCCCAUCCAAAUGCCAGGCCAGCGCGCAGCCUGCAGCAGCCCCGUUUAACAGCGCAGCCCCGAGCAGAAGUUGGCGAGUUGCUGCUUGGGAAGGGCGGGCGGCUCCGGCGUUGGGGGGUGGCGGCUGCGGUCUAUGAGGGACUCCCGGGCGCCGCAGGAACCGGCGAGCCAUGGACGGGGGUGGGGGUGUCUCCUCCUCGGCCCUGGAGAAGAACGUGGCGGAGCUGACGGUCAUGGACGUGUACGACAUCGCCUCGCUGGUGGGGCAGGAGUUCGAGCGGGUCAUUGACCAGCACGGCUGCGAGGCCAUCGCCCGCCUCAUGCCCAAGGUGGUGCGGGUGCUGGAGAUCCUGGAGGUGCUGGUGAGCCGCAAUCACAUCAACCCCGAAAUGGAGGAGCUGCGGCUGGAGCUGGAUCGGCUCCGGCUGGAGAGGAUGGACCGGAUCGAGAAGGAGAAGAAGCACCAGAAGGAAUUAGAACUGGUGGAGGAUGUAUGGAGAGGGGAAGCACAGGAUCUUCUUACCCAAAUUGCUCAGCUUCAGGAAGAGAACAAACAGCUGAUGACAAACCUGUCGCACAAAGACAUCAAUUUCACAGAAGAGGAAUUUCAGAAACACGAAGGAAUGUCGGAGAGGGAGAGGCAAGUGAUGAAGAAGCUGAAGGAAGUGGUAGAUAAACAAAGGGAUGAGAUCAGAGCCAAGGACCGGGAACUGGGACUUAAAAAUGAGGAUGUGGAGGCACUGCAACAACAACAGAACAGGCUAAUGAAAAUUAAUCAUGACCUUCGGCACAGAAUCACAGUAGUUGAGGCUCAAGGGAAAGCGCUGAUUGAGCAGAAGGUGGAAUUGGAAGCAUAUCUGCAAACCAAGGAACAGGAGAUGGGCACUUUGAGGGCAGAGCUUGGGAAGCUGAGAGAGAAGCUACAGGGGGAGCACAGCCAAAAUGGAGAAGAAAUAAAGACAGAACCUAACAAUGAUGACUUUCUCUCUGAAUCGGAGAAGAUGGCUCUGGAUUUAAAAGAUCCAAACCGUCCAAGAUUUACUCUACAAGAACUACGGGAUGUCUUACACGAGCGGAAUGAACUGAAGUCUAGAGUGUUUUUGUUGCAGGAGGAGCUUUUAUAUUAUAAGAGUGAGGAAACAGAAGAAGAAACUAGAUCCCCUCAACCUACACCCAUAAUUAAUUCAAAAACCUCAACUCAGCCAGAAUCUGGAAUCAAACGACUGUUUAGUUUCUUCUCUCGUGAUAAAAAACGCAUGCAGACGACACAGAAAAACGUUCACUUCCAGGAUACUUUUGGCGAAUGGGCAGAUUCAAACAAAGAGGACUCCUACACCGAACAAGGCCAAGAGGCCCUUCAGCAUCUGUGAUUAACACUCCAAGCCGUGUUGCUUACCACAGUAGAUCUGAACAUUCUAGUAACAAGAAGUUUCCAUAACCAAAUCUGGCAGCUCAUCAUUUUUUAUUUGCCUGGCACAUGUUGACGGUUGUUUCAGACAUACUUUUCCAAAGGGAUUCCUCAGUGUUUACGUGGCGACUGCUCUCCGAAAACAGAAUCCAGGCUCUGUAGUAAUGGUUAUUUAUACUCUCGGGUAUCGAAGCUUCUAGAUAACUGGUUUUGUGCUGAAUAACAAGUCUGUCUGACUCUUGCAUUAACUACAGUAACACAAGCUUCUUUAAACCAAAAAGCCCCCUGUGCCAUUAUUAGAGGUUUAUUUGCAUUGUACAAUAUCUAGUGGUGAAGACUCUGAUACCAUGUUUGUUAACUGGGGGAGGGGUGGGGGGGAUUUUUCUUAGUUCUGUUAAUGACACUUUCAAAGAGAGAGUUUGCAGUGUAUACACUAUUUCCAGGGCAGGUCCUACCACAGCUGUAUCCUGUCAAACUCACAGGUUGCAGAGAAACUUCUUGGAACGUCAACUGAUAAAAAUACAAAAGAAACUGGAACAGCUGUGAGGGACUGUGAUUGUAUAUUCCCCCUUGUUGUUUAUAGUGCCUAAAGCCUGUAGAUACUGAUGUACGAGGUGAGUGUGCCUUGCCUUUUGCUCUGAGUUAUGCAGUAUUAACAGAAAAUGAAUUGCUCACAUGGAGGAAUUCUAAACACUC